AAGACAUGGGUUUUAUUUUUUAAUUCUCUGACGCUACAUUAUUAACAGUUAAACAAUGCUUAACGAAUUUGAUACUGAUGAAAAGUCUGGAUUUGAUAUAAUUAUUCGUGAUGGAAAGGAUAACACGGCGCCAUCGUGCCCACAUGGUCCGACGCUGUUGUUUGAGAAAGUGUCUAAAGGAGAGGGAAAGGGCCGGAGGUUUUACGCGUGCUCCGCAUGUCGGGAUAGAAAGGACUGCAACUUUUUUCAGUGGGAGGAGGAGAAGGUAUCUGAGGCCAGACUCCUUGCAAGAGAGGAGCAGAACCGAUUGAAGAGGCCUCCCUUCACUCAUCAACAAUACUGCUCAAGGUUCAGAGAAUUUGUUUCUCUGCCCAUGGAUGGGAGAAAGUUUUGCCAGGACUGUCAGAUGCUUCUCCUGCCUGAGGAAUGGAGUGAACACUCUACACACACAGCUCUGUCUAGUCCCAUCACAGUGGCCCAGCUCAGAAGACCCAGUCUGCUGCUCUGCCCUUUGGAAAACAAGAAGAGUAACGCCCAGUACCUGUUUGCUGACCGGAGCUGCCACUUCCUCUUGGACAUGCUGUCUGGUCUGGGCUUCCGGAAAGUUCUCUGUGUGGGUACCCCACGAUUACAUGAGCUAAUUAAGCUGCGGAACUCAGAGGGCAAGCAUGAACCUGUGAAGAGUUUAUUGCUGGAUAUUGAUUUUAGAUACUCUCAGUUUUAUGGGCAGGACGAGUUCUGUCAUUAUAACAUGUUCAACCAUCAUUUCUUUAAUGAAGAGGAAGCUAUCAAGGUAUUCAGGGACUUCCUGUCCAAAGAGGAAGGAGCUAAGGUAGUGAUGGUAUCAGAUCCUCCAUUCGGUGGUCUGGUGAAGCCACUCUCCCACACCUUCUCUACUAUCUCAGAGACAUGGAGAAGCCUCCAGUCACCAGACUGUACUGUAUCUGAGAUGCCCAUGGUCUGGAUCUUCCCCUACUUUUUUGAGCCGCGUAUCCUGGAGUGUUUUCCCUCCUUCUCUAUGCUGGAUUAUCAGGUAGAUUACGACAACCAUCCUCUGUAUAAACAUGGGAAAACUGGCCGUAAGCAGUCACCUGUUCGGCUGUUCACCAACCUCUGUCCCCGAGACAUUGUGCUGCCAGAGGAGGAGGGCUACAGAUUUUGCUCCAUUUGUGAGAGAUAUGUCUCUGCAGACAAUAAGCACUGCCCAGAAUGCAAUGUGUGUCCAUCAAAGGAUGGAAGACAAUGGAAACAUUGUGUACAGUGUGGAAAAUGUGUAAAGCCCUCCUGGCACCAUUGUUCCUCUUGUGGGCAUUGUGCUCUCCCUGAUCACCCCUGUGGGAGGUGUCAAACUGGCUGCUUCUGCUGUGGGAGCCAAGACCACAAACUCCGAGCUUGUCCCAACAAACAGAGUGCAGCGGUGAAACGUGCCACAGAAGAAGCAGGCGGUACACCCGGCAGUACCAAAACCAAGAACAGGAAACAUAAAGCCCACAGAAAGAAGCACAAAUUCACAUGACCCAGCACAUCAGGAGAAACAUGUGGCAUUUGAGGCUGCAAAGAAUCGCUGAUGAUUGCGCAAUAUUCCUUCCUGUUGCCAGAAUGAGUCAAAAGCUUAGUUACUCCAGGACUGUUUUUAGGAUGAAUUGACUGUGUUAAACUGAAAGCAAUUGGGUGUGAAGUAACGUGGAGAAUACUUAACAGCGCUAUUAUCUCUGGAAAAGGGAUUUGUGACAUUUGGAAUUAUUCACAAGACCAGGACCAGUCACAAUGUUUUAAGCAGCCAUCACAUGCCCCAAACAAUGCAAGUUACAAGAUGGACAGAUCUUUUGAUUCAGCAUAAUGAGUCGUUUUAUAAUCUAAGUUUCAGUCUUGUGUUGACACAAAAUUUAGGUGCUUAUAGAAGCAACACAGCACACUUCCUACAUUUCCACUGCUAAAUGAAGGUCUCUCAGCUGCUUUCUCUUCAGGGUGGUGUUUGAGUACGGCUCAUUUGACACACGAUUAAAAAAACACAAUUCUC